GAUUCAAAAUGGCGUUGCUUAAAUAUUUGAAGAACAUGUGCUCUGGGCAUUAGAUUGAAGGCCAAAAAAACUACGAGGAAAUAUCGUAAAAUCGAUAUCUCUAAUAUCGCAAGAAGCGUUGAGGGUUCGUGCACUUUCUUGCGUUGUCCGUUGGUCGUGUCACGUGCGAAUAAACAGGAAAAUGGAAGGAACGAAGGACACCGAAAUGCAAAACAACAAAUCCCUGGAGGAAGAAUCACAGAGCAACACCCUGAUGGAUCUCAACAAAAGCAAGGACCAGGAGACGCAAGUCAUUCAACCCCAGCAGGUUAAUAUGGUCGUCAAGGAUACUGUUAUAUUGGAUUCAUCGAACAAUGAAAUCUCAGCUGAAUCUAACACAGAGGAGAAACAGGAUGUGCAGAAAGCCGAAGUGUUUGAUGUGUCGAACAGGUCUCUGUGCAACUUGCUGGUUUACUCGAGUGGAGAUUCAAGCAGCAGUAGCAGUAGUGACAGUGAAUCUGACUCGGAUGAUUCCAGUUCUAGCUCAUCCAGUGAUGUUGAGGAAGUUACCAAUAAACCUGUAUCCGAGACAUCAGCAGCAAAGAAAAACAAUAAGAAGAAGUCUAUGACUUUGCUGGAAACAUUGAAAAGCUUGGGAGAGCUUAGCAUAGAUGAUUUACCACCAGUUCCUGAUGUUUCCUCUCUCAGUAUUAAAGUUGAAGAUUGUCAAAUGAUGGGGAAAGUUUCAAGUAUUGUUGAUAAACUUGUUAUGGUUGAGUCAAUCCCAAAUAUGCCGGCAUAUGAUAUUGAUACACUAUUGUUUAUCAACAAUGGAAAGCAACCUCUGGGAUAUAUUUUCGAUGUGAUUGGGGCCGUAACAUCUCCAAUGUACGCUAUAAGAUUUAACUCAGUGGAUGAGAUAAAAUCCUUAAAUGUAACAAAAGGACUGCCAGUAUUCUCAGCCCCGAAGUCCGAACACACACAAUACGUGUUUGUUCAGCAACUCAUGCAGGCGAAGGGUAGCGACGCAUCUUGGUCGAACGAUUUGGAGGUGCCCCAGGAGUUCGUGGACUAUUCUGACGACGAGGCGGAGUGUAGUAGAAAGAACUCGUUCAGGGGGGAGAAUCGAAAACGUAAUAGCUUAGAGAGGUAUAAGAAUUUCGAGAAAGAUAUGAAUGUGAAAAAUAUUAUAGAUUCGAGGUUGCAUAAGAUCCGGGACAAUACCGAGCCGAUGAAUAAGAAACAGACGACGAACAGUAAUUAUAAACGGCCUCAGCAACAAUACCAACCGAACGGUUACUGGCCUAAUGUUGGGUACUCGCAUGCUAACGCCUCGAAUCAAUCCUGUGCCUUCCCUUACGGAAUGCCACCUUACAUGCAGCCCUUCAGGCCGCAGGGUAUGCCUCCUUUCGUGCCUCCUGCUAACUUCGCUCCCAACGUCUACCCGCCACUGCCCAACGUCCCGAACGCAAUGUUCACGAUGCCUCCGCCACCAAUCGUAGGUCCUCAAGCCAAAGGACAGUCCCAACCGGGAAUGGUUUACCAUCCGCCCGAUAUGGGUCUUCCGCGGCCUCCUGUUCCACCCACCACCGGCUACGUUCCUGCCAACAUGCCCUUCUACGAUCCCCGCAUGGCCCAGAUGUUUCCGAACAUCCCACACGCUAACCGCCCCACCUUCCCGCAACCCAACUUCUAUCCGAAACGCCCAUAGCUAACGAGGAUCCAACCUUAUUUUUACUUUUCAUAUUAUUUCUACUACUCUUAUUUCUGGAUCCAGUAUCCAGUUUUCAGACAGGGUUAAACUUUUGUUGUGUUCCAGAAAGUUUAUUAAGCAUUUUUUUUCUUUACUGUAC